AAUUUCACCGGCAAAAUCAGCCAAAGGCACACCCUCAAGAAUGUCACGGGAACAGGACUGAGUACUAUUCUAGAGAGCAGCAUACAAAUAUCAGUGGAAAACCAAUUUUUCGUAAAUCAGUGCAGUCGGGCAAACUCAUAGCUUGGAUACUCAGAUUCGGGAACUGUCGGCUCGGAGGGUAAAGGGCAGAGUUUGAACUGGGGCUGUCGAUCUGCUGACAACCUUAACACACACAGCCGGCUUACGUAGGCUGUCCUUUGGAGGUAUUAACAUUAAGCCAGCAGCCCGGGUUGGAGAUCGUCGACUUCCGCGUGGGGGUCUUCUGUUAACUAUAGAUGGACGCUUUAAACGAUACAUUGUGCUUAGGAACAUUUGCUGGUGAUUGCGGCGUUUCCCAUACAAAUAUGACCAUGCACUUGUCAGUAGGGUCGAAUGGAAUGGCGUCUCAAGACUGCACCCAUGGUAGCCAGAGCUUGGACGAGAGUAUAGCAGACAAGGCUUCCAGCCCAGAUUCUAGUGAAACUUCAAAAAGUAAAUUAGACGAAGACUCAUUCUCUGACGACGAAAAGAAACCGAAGAAAACGAGAAGGCAAAGAACACAUUUCACAAGUCAACAGUUACAAGAGUUGGAGGCCACAUUCUCCAGAAAUCGGUAUCCAGACAUGGCGACCAGAGAAGAGAUCGCUGCCUGGACAAACCUCACAGAGGCCAGAGUUAGGGUAUGGUUCAAGAACAGACGCGCAAAAUGGAGAAAACGUGAGAGAAACUUCGACACUUUCAAAACAGGCUUUGGACAGUUCAAUGGUCUUCCAGUUAUGCAGCCUUUUGAUGAUGGACUGUACGGAGGUUACUCCGCCUACAACAACUGGUCAGCCAAAAUGCCCACAUCUCUGGGUUCGAAUGGAUUCCCAUGGACAAUCAACUCUGUUAAACAUCUUUCUUCCGUUGUGUCAAGUCAACCAAUGUGUUUUUCCUCUUCACCGAAUUCUGGCAGUAGCAGCAUGGUUGGGAAUAUGACUGUGCCCAGUGUUCCCAGUAUGGGCACCAACAUGGGCAGUUCUGGCGCAUCAUGUCCCUAUGGUCCCAGUGGCUCACCGUACAUUUACAAUCGAGAUCAGUGCUCCAGCAGUAUAGCGUCUCUACGAUUGAAGGCCAAACAUCAUUCCUUCUAUCCACCGAUGAGCCCACGUCAAAGUACUUUAUCUGCCUGUCAGUAUGCGGCAGUAGGUGGCGGCGGUGCUGUCUAAACACAUUUAUACUACAUAUAGACAGUUUCCUUUAAACCUAUCAUUAAACUAUGGCGUUAUACCGUCACCGUGGAGCACAGGCCCACAAUGAGUAUUAUCGGCAAGUAUGCUGCGUAGGAGCUGCGGGUAUCCUCCACAUAAGGUCAUGGUGGCCAUGUGGUCACUUUCAGGGAUAACCUUAUCCGCGGGCGCAUGCGCGAAAACAUGCGCAAAAAGACGAUAUAUGUGCUGACGUAAAUAUCACAGACCUGAAGAAAUUCUCCCGGAAUGUUCUUGUACUGGUUGUGUAUAUGUUAUCAUGGUGUGCUAGGGCCUGUCAUACAAGAAGAAGCCCAAAGGGCGUGGGAAUUAGAGAGAAAUCGAGAUAAAGCAAACUUGUCACUUGUUAAUAUAUAUAUUCUAAUAUGUAUAUAAUAUGCAAGGCAUUGAUGUUCUGAAAAAAUUCUGUGGCCAAAUUAUGACAACUUCCUGUAUGUCUCCACCUGCACGUUAAUAUAUGCAAUGGAAAAGGGAGAUAACUUGUCCCAGUCUACGAAUCUCCAUGGGAGCAAUUUGUUAAUUUUUCCUCUUACAUUUUGUACAAUAACUCCCAAAAAGCAUAGUUCAUCUAAGUCGUCGAAUGUUUGUAAGAACAUUGUAAAAAUUUCAGCUUUAUCACUCCAUUCAUAAUCAUUUAACCAAUCCAUCAUAAUUAAUAAAACCCACAAAUUUUAAGAAAUCGAUAUAGGCGAAUAUCAUCGUCUUUGUUAUCAUAAUUUGUACGCAAUAUAUUUAUGAUGUAUUUUCCUUUUAAUUUCUCCAUAUUGUUAAUUAUGCAAUUAGUUCAUUCGGGUUGUUACCAUAUGCACUGCUUCCUUGUAAAUCUGGGAAGCAGAGCGUAAAGAAGUUGUUUUACCUCAUAUGAUGUAAAUUAACGACCUGACAUGGCAGACAUUCAUUACUGAGGGAACUUCAUUUGAUGUCAAUUUUACUAACUAAUUUUGUUAAAAAACAUUUCAUUUACAGAUUGUGUUUGGAUAAUGUUUUUCCUCAAUAGUUAGUACGUUUCACGGACAAGUUUAUGUCAGAAUAUAAUAAAGGGUUCUACAAGUGUUUACUAACCAUGUUACCGUAUACUGAUGGUAAUUGUUGUCAAUACAGCCCAAUUGUACACACCCGAACUCUACACAUAUCCAGUAAUUGCACUUUAUACUAAUAUGACUCUUAACUGGCUCGUUCAAACAGAAACUUUGCAGUAUACAUCGACCGUCGCGUUCUUGGACCAUUGGGCUACGGCAUCAAGUCAGGAAGUUUGUCAGGUAUCUGGCAAAGGGAAACGGUUUUCACUUCCUCUCCUCUCGACCCAAACAUUCACACCGUCGUGUGCGUGAAAUAGUCUUUAGCAUACAAUGAUAAACCCCACAAAUAAAAUGAUUAAAAACGUAUCCUGACAUAAUGUUACAGGAAAUCAUUCUCUAACCCUAAAUUUUAAAGAAGAAUCUCAGUUUGCCUUUAAUUGCCGGUUUCUGUUUGAUACUUUUAUUUCGUGUAAUCCUUCAUCAGUACGAUAUUCUUUCCAAGGAAUUAAUUAAUGCAUUAACAUGAAUAAUCACCCUUAAAUCAGAUGUUUGGUACCAAUUUUUGGAUUUACAAUAAUAUCUCUAUCUCAAAUGAGGUACUCAAUCAUCAAAGAAUAUUGGUUUGAGAUUCACUCCUUUGGUUCUGCUAACGGUAUUUUUUGUACGUUAUUGCUGUCCUAAGAACGAUAUUUCAUUCAGUGAAUGUUCACAGGGCACUGAUAUGUUGUUUUCUUAAUUUAUCACCACUUGGAUUUAAAAAUACCUCUUUGAAAACUUGAAAAAUAUAAUUAUAUUAUAUAUCUGUAGGUAUAUCCGGGUGGUUUGUUGUGUCAACUGUCACAAGGACCAGUAUAGAACCAGUGUUGUAAUGAAUUAGCUAAAACAUGUGUAUAA